CCCCCCCCUCCCUUUUUUGCCCUAUGCAUUGACCCAAUGGGCCGCAGAGGAUGCUGGGUGAUUUGAAGUCACGUGGUGGCGGGUGUUAGUGCUGUCGGAACUGAAGUUGGAGCAGCGGACGGUUGAUGAUUAUGGACGAGAAGGCGGUGGAAGUGAUCGGACGGAUCUUGGUGGAUGUGUCGAGGCCGCUGAAGGAGCGUUUCCGGGCGCUUUUUACCCUUCGGAACCUGGGUGGCCCGCUGGCUGUCGAGUGGAUUUCCAAGGGCUUCGGGGACGAGUCGGUGCUGCUGAAGCAUGAGUUGGCCUAUUGUCUGGGCCAGAUGCAGGACCAGCGCGCUAUCCCUAUCCUGAUCCGGGUGCUGCAGGACCACAGCCAGGAGCCCAUGGUCAGGCACGAAGCAGGUGAAGCAUUGGGAGCUAUUGGAAACCCAGAGGUUCUUGAAACAUUGAGGUAUUACUCACAUGAUUCAGUAAUAGAAGUUGCUGAAACUUGCCACCUGGCAGUUAAACGAAUUGAAUGGCUUCGGAACAACAAAGACCAGAAUGAAAGCCAAUACUGUUCAAUUGAUCCUGCUCCCCCAGCUCUGGAGAAAGAUAUUAAGAAAUUAAGAGAAACACUCCUAGAUGAAUCCUUGCCCUUAUUCGAUAGAUACAGAGCGAUGUUCGCCCUGCGGAAUAUUGGAAGUCAAGAAGCAGUCUUGGCCUUAGGAGAUGGUUUGCAGUGUGGAAGUGCCCUGUUUCGUCAUGAAAUUGGCUAUGUCUUCGGCCAAAUGCAACAUGAUGCCAGUAUUCCACAACUUAUAACAGCAUUGAAAAAAAUGGAUGAAAAUCCCAUGGUCCGUCACGAGUGUGCAGAAGCUUUAGGAUCAAUUGCCAAAGAGCCAUGUCUGGAAGUAUUGAAAGAAUACCUACAUGAUGGAGAACGUGUUGUGAAGGAGAGUUGUGAGGUAGCACUGGACAUGCUUGAGUACGAAAACAGUCCAGAGUUUCAGUAUGCAGACACGCUGAUUAAAUUGCAAAAAACUGAGCCUGGGAAUGGAACGUUGCCUUAAUGGAAUUUCUUUAAAUUGUUGAAAGAUUAUCAGAACUUUAUGUUGAGUGCACUAUUCACAUAUAUUAUUAUUUUCUUUUGUGCUGAAUUUGUGCAUUUUCUGAUGCCAUUCUUCCCUAUGUUGUUUAAUUCCAAAUAAUGUAGAAUAUGUAAUGAAAUACAUCAUGCUUUUAUUUAUUUUGUACUUGUUAAUUAAUAUUAAACAAAAAAUCCUUAUACUUGGUUCAAGUUUAGUCUCCUAAAACAUACCUUGGAUUUAAUUUAAGUGUUAUUACCUCCUAGCUUCAGGCUAUUUAGGAAGUCAAAUCCUAUCACAACAGCAAUAUUGUGUAAGUCGAUAGGCGAACAUCAAAUCACAUAUGACAAGUCUGGUAGAAACAUGAUCCCUCCAUCAGUUUAAAAAUCUUUUAAGAGGUUUAAAAUCUUCAAUGUUGAAAAUAUUCAGGUCAGACAGCAUUUGCUGAUUAACUUUAGGAUUUGUGUUUCUUUCAGAUCUCAAACAUUUUAUGGUAUUUUUCUUUUGCCUCAAUCUUUAUAGUUCCUCAAUCAUCUGGAUUGACUAUAAGUUACAUGAUGUUGACAAUUACAUAUUGUAUGGCUGGGCUUGUCAAAUAUAAACUAUCCUCACCAAAGAAAUUUACAAAGUCACUAGUUUAUUUUGUUAAUGUGGUGGUUUAUCUUGACUGUUUAAUUGUUUAAAAUUGAACUUGCUUGUAUCUUAGUACAUGGCCAGAGCUUUGACAUAUAACUAACAAUUAAUUGUAUGCCCAGUUGACAGUCCAUAUAGUACAAUGAAUUGCUAAUAUUUUAGAGUUGAGUUGCUCUUGUAGUGAGUUGGUAUAGAUGCCAUGUCACGUGGCUUCCUCUGCUGGAGCUGUUCUGAGGUACUAUUGACAGUCCUGGUUACAGUAAAAACAAAAUGCUUCCUGUGCUUGUUGCUUUGGGCUUGAUCCAAUAUAUUCAAACUAUCAGAGUCCGAUAGUGCAUAUCUGCAAAACUGAGGGGCAAUUAUGGUGCAGUGGUUGUAUCCCUACCUUGGAGACCUGAACUUAAGUCACACCUGUGCCAGAGGUUUCUAAUAAGAUUCAUAUCUGCUAAACUUGUCUAUGAUGGAAGUAGAAUUUAUUGUCCAAUUUUUAUGCAUCAAAUGUUUCUUUGGGAUGGGUUUUGUUGGGCUUCAAAAAAUUCAACAACCUUUUCAUUGUGCUAUAAUUAGAGCAUUAAAGAGGGACUAGAUGUGUAAAACAUGUCUAUUUAAUUAAGGUGCUAUUUUUGAAAGAAAAAUUCAUGUUUUGUUGUUUCAGUAGCUAUUGUCAUGAUAAUAAACUGGCCUAUAAAUGAUA